CCGUCGAAAGCGCAUGACCCCGCGUAUAUGUCCUUUGGGGACAAAGUGCGAGAUAUUUCGUCGCCGGUCAAUUAAACCCGGUCAAAGACAUCUAACGGCUUUUUUUUUUAUUUCAUUAAUUAUUUUUGAAAAUUGAAAUCAAUUUUUUUUAAUUUAAUAUCAAAAAAAAAUGUUCAUCUGUAUUAAUUGCAAUAACCAUAUUAGUGAUGGAAAUUAUAAAAUCUGCAGUGCAUAUAUAAUAUUGUAGAAAUUUUUUUUUCAUCAGUGCUUUGUUUAAUUUUAUAAAUAAUUUUUCUUAAUUAGUUACAAGAAAUUUUUCUUAGGGGUGUAAUUUUGCUAUUGUUUCUAUUACCGUUUUUUUUAUCAAUUACGUAAAAUUUAAGGAACUUUAACAAAGUUUCUAGUUUUUCGAAAAGUGUAUAAAUAUCUCAUUGUUUGUAUUUGUAAUAUUUAGAGCAAGUUGGUUAUUGCACUUGGCCAAUCGAUCGAUCGUCGAUGGUACCUGUAUAGAAUUUCGAACGUGUAAUUAAACCUGUCCAACGUUGACACCAUUGCGUAUAUAUAUAUAUAGUGUGUGUAGGUGUGUUGAUCACGUUUCAGAAAAUAUAACAAAUAAAUUGUCAUUGAACACUUCCGGGACCAGGGAAAUUUUUCAUUAAUAAAUUACGCUGAAAAGGAUGUAAAAUAUAAAAAUUUCUCAACAAAAUUGAAGGAUUUUUUGUUUUUAAAAUAUAAACUCAGAAAAUGUUUCUAAAAACUGAUUAAAAAAAAUUUUCGUUUCUAUUAAGAGAAAAAAUAAAUAAGAAUUAUUUUUUUUUUUUUUUGUGAUAAAAUUGUGAUGUGAGAAAGGUGAAUCAGUGAACUUGGAAAAUUACUGGAGCUUAAAGAAAAAAAAGAAACGAGUUUAAAGUUGACUUUUGCGGAGUGCAUUUGAAGAAUUUAGAACAAAGGCUGAACAAAAAAAUAAGAGGGAAGCUUAAUUUCGAUCGAUUGAGAUUUUCAUGAGGAUUUUCACCAACUGAUAGAGGAUGACUGACAAUUUCACCUUAAUAAGGCUUCAAAAUCAAGAUUCAUUCUUUCUUUCCCCUAUGCAAAAAUGAAUUAUCAAUUGAUUGCCAACUCAUUGGAGUUGUUAAGAAUCAUGAAAAUGAUCUCAGUAAUUGACCACCCACCAUCGUCAUCACUACCACUUCAAUAUUAUUAUCUUCUUCAAGAAAAACAAGAUUCUACGCGAGAGGAUAAGAAGUUUGGAGAAUAUUCAUAACCACCAAUAUAUACCUCGCUUUACACACCAGGCGUGUUGUGUAUACGAAUACUUGAGAGAAAAUUUGUCGGGAUGAAGGAAAAAUCUUUUCCCAACGCCUUCAUCUUUUUUUUUUUUUUUUUUAAUAUAACCAACUCUUCUCCACGGUUGUUAUAAGCGACAAAAAGGAAAAAGAAUCCAGUGCCGCUUUGGCCUUAAGUCCAAUGUGAGUUAAGUGACUCGUUCUGGAUCCUCUUAAAAUUCUCUCAGAAAAAUCUCCCUAGCCAAGUCUCUUCGACUUUUAAAUUCAUCUCGUUUUGAAGGCAUUAAAAAAAAAUAAAAUAAAAGUGUGCACGAAGAAUGAAAAAGCGAUUAAAAUAAAGCGCAAUACUAACAAUGAGAUCUCUUUUUUUUCCGCCACAAAUAUUUACGCUAAGAGAGAAUGAGAACAGUAAUAAAUAUUUAACAAUUUUCUAGUGAAGUCACGCGAUUUUAGUCAUAUAUAUAUAUAUUUUUUUCCCUCAGCUACAUCCAGACCAAAAACCACAAAUCAACAGUGUCCGUUUAUAAUUUCGACGAAUUAAAAAAAUGUUCUCGUUCCGGAAACGUCUACGCUUUUCAUUCUAAUAAACAUCUCUCGCGUGAAAAAUAAAUAAAAACAAAAAACCAAACAACUAUCCAAAGUGUUGUGGGCAAUUUAUCAAGAAAUCGUAAACAAAGUAAAAAGAAAAAAAUUCAAGAAAAUAAUAGAGAUUCAUCUCUCAUUUUGUAUACAUAAAUGUCUAUCAUUUAUUGUGACAAUUGUAAAACUCUUUUCAUCAUUCAACGAUAUUUUCUGUUUUUCUAAAUGUCAUUGGUUGACAACAAAUGUAAAAAGUGAAAAUAAAAAAAAAAUAGAGAGAAAGAGAGAGAAAGCGGCCACUGGUGAAGGGGCCCUAAAAGAAUGGAGAAAGAUAGUACACGUCAUUAUAGAGCUUACGAGGGCUUGAAGGCCGCUAACAACGGCAACACGUCGUCCUAUAAAACCAAUUCAGAAUCCUCUAAAGCACAGCAAAGCCAAGUAAGAUGUCUGUGCUUUGGAGGCGUUCCUGACAAAGCGAGCCAUCAUUCCUUCCUUAAAGGUUUUAUCAUAAACCUUGGAAUUUGUGCACUUUUAGUUGCAUAUACACUAUUAGGAAGUUUCAUUUUCUUGGCAAUUGAAGGUGGCGUUGAUAGUAUUCAUCAAAGAACACUUGCAACAACCAUUGCCAAUGGUAAUCAAUAUGGAAGAAGAAAUACUACAGCACGAUUACAACAGAUAAAUACUGAAGCGCGAGAGCGUACUGUUGAGAACAUAUGGGAAAUAACAGUGAAUUUGAACAUUCUCUAUCGAGAGAAUUGGACGAGGCUAGCGGCGCAAGAGAUAUCCCGUUUUCAGGAUCAGCUGGUGAAGAGGAUCACCGAGGAAAUGAUAGCAUCGCAAAGCUCUGGGACUCCCACUAAAAUCUCCAACAAUGAUGGAGUCACCGAGCGACGAGUUCCGGAAUACGAGUGGAACUUUGCCAAAGCUUUCCUCUAUUCUCUCACUGUUCUCACAACCAUCGGAUAUGGAAGUAUAGCACCAAGAUCAUCUUGGGCCAAGGUCGCGACAAUGGGUUACGCGAGUUUGGGAAUCCCCUUGACUUUGGUAUACUUAUCAAGUGCUGGUGGUUUAUUAUCACGUUGCGCCCGAGGCGUUUUUACCAGAGCACUAUGCUGUUGCCUUUGCUCCAAUUGUGGCUAUUGCUGUUACGAUGAAAGACGAAUGCAGGAAAAGGAAAGGCGAAUGAGAAAGAAAAGACAACAGGAGGAAAUGGCGCAACAGCAACAGCAAAUGCAAUUACAGGAGCCAUUUUAUGUGAGAGCAAAUGCCUCAACAUAUCCAAAUGUUGAGAUAAAAGCAAGUCCAAAAGAUGAGGUAUCAAGUCUCGGUUCAGGUGAUAGACCAAAUGUUACAAUACUUGCACCAAUUAGCAUAUGUCUUGGUGCAAUGUUGUGCUACAUUAUUGCCGGUGCUUUUGCACUUCAUAAGUUGGAGGGUUGGACUAUUGUUGAUGCAUGCUACUUCUGCUUCAUGAGUUUAAGUACAAUUGGUUUUGGCGACAUGCUACCCGGUUCCUAUCCUCAUUAUAAUAUUCACGAAUCACAGAAUAUAACCAUAUGGUUCUGUUCAUGUUAUAUAAUGUCGGGUAUGGCAUUGACGGCAAUGUGCUUCAAUAUUCUGCAUGAUGAAAUUGUUCAUCGGCUUAAUCAUCAAAACGAUAAACAGGAACAAGUCAAGACCAGUCCAAGUGUCGAUGAAUUAACAUCAACCGAUCCAUUUGCACUUACAUCGUGACAAUUUCCCACAAGUAAUUUAUGCCAUAGAAAUGUUACUGAGGAAAGUUUAAUUUGCGGUGAUCCACCAAUAAGUAUAUUUGCUCAUGAAAAUGAAAUAAAUAUUCUCAAGGAUACAUCGUAUAAUAAUCAAGUUGACGUUACAAGAGAUUGUAAACCAAUUCUUAAACUUGAGGAUCAUAUUAGUCAUUUGCCAGCUGUUUAUACAUUGCCGGAAGUUGAUGAAGAAGCCGAGGAAAAUACCGAAAUGUAAAACUUCAACUGAAAGUAUGUUAAAAAAAAAUAAAUUUUGAAAAAAAAGGCUGGACUGAAAAAAAAUUUAUUUGCCUCAAAUAAUUAUCAAAAAAUUAUUUAUUUUUAUCAAAUAAUUAUUACUGGAGAUAUUUGUUUCAAAUACAGAAAUUAUUGGUACAAAUACAGUUUAUUUAAUUGAAAUAAAAAUUAUUUUCUUGAAAUUAAUAUUUAUUUGAUAAUAUAUUUAUUUGAUCAAAUAAUCGAGUAUUUGAAUCAAAUAAAUUUUUUUUUUGCAAGCCUUUGAGGAUUUCAUGACUCUGAAGAAUGUGAUUCAAUUAUUGUUUAAUUAAUUGUAUUAAUAUUAAUUGUAUCAUAAAUAUUAUUUAUAAUAAACUAUUAUAUGUAAAUAAUUGAAAAUUAAAUGAAAUUUUUAAAAUUUCUAAGUGAAGAAUACACUCACAGAAAAUUAAAAGGCACUAAAAUAAGCUGCAACGCUUAUUAUUUUAAUCCAUUUUGGUAUUAAAAUAAGCAAAAUUGGAUUAAAAUAAUAAGCAUUGCAACUUAUUUUAAUGCCUUUUAAUUUUCUGUGCUAAAAUUUUGUUUAAUAAAAAUUCUUCGGCCAUGAAAUCCUUUUUUUUAGAAAAAAGUCUCAAAAAGGCGUUUUCAGGUGAAGACUUCGUGCCUUCAGGAUGUUGUAAUGAUUGUUGAAAUAAUUUUUUAUAUUGAAGACUUUAUAAAACAAAAACAAAAAAACGAGAGAACGAAAAAAAGGUUUUCUUUUUACAAAUUGUAUAAAUAAUGUUUUGAAUAUAUAUUGAAAAUUUCUGUAUUGAGUCUUCAAUAUUUCUAAAAAAAAAAAAUAUAUAUAUAUAUCAGGAUACAUAUAUGUAUAUAUAAUUCAAAGAAAACAAAAGUUUCUUUACAGAAAAUUAGCUUCAAAAUUAAUAUUCUGUAAAGAAAAACAAUUUAAAUCUAAACGUCUCUGCAAAUAUAAUAUUAAGUUUCUCUUUUUUUUUUAAACGGAUGCUGUAUAUACUUUUUUUUUUUGGAAAACGAUUCAAAUUUUUUCAAACUAUUAAAAAAAACGUAUUUAAAAAAUGCAUAGGUUCAAUUUUCGAAAAUCUAUUUUUGUUUCAUUCGUUCAAAAGAAAAAAUGAAAUAUCAAAAAAAAAAACAAAUGCAACGUCCUGAUGCUGAAAAUUAAAAAAAAAAAUAGUUAUUGUCAUUUCUACGGGCCUAUGUAUUAAAAAGAAGUUUUUUUUAUACUUCCUAAAAAAAAAAAUGGACCCUCGCGAUGUAAAAUACUUUUUAUAUAUAUAUAGUGACUUAUUGAACCUUCAAAAUAGGGGCGUCCGGCCGUUCAAUAUGGAUUAAAAAACUUUUUUCAAAGAAGGGGGCAAAAACACGCACCUAAAGUUUUAAAUCGAAAGUUAGUUUUCAACUGACUUGUGUCCACGAAUCUUUGCGACUGUGUGUCCAAAUGGAAUACACUUGAGCAUCUGUGUGUGAACUUUUUUUUUUUUUUAAAUAAGAAAAUUUCUGAAAAAUCUGUUAGUAGAAAGUAUCGGAAAAGAAAUGAGAAUAAAAUGAAGAGAAAUCUUUUUCGAGAUUCGACGUCCCUUUAUAUAUAUAUAUAGUAUAUAUAUAUAUAUAAAUCAUUACGUCCACGUCCGGACGCAGAAAAAAAAAAUACUAAGGUCGAAUUCUAUGCUCAAGAACAAUAACUAUUAUAUUCUUACGAUUAGUUGUAAUAUUGAUAUAAAUAUUUGUAAGGAAAUUGCGCUUAUUCGAGUGGAGCUGUGCCAGAUUUUUGUUUUUUUCAAAAAAAAAAAUUAUUUAACUAUCAAAAGACUGAUCAAUUAAAAUAUAAUUUAAAAAAUUUCUUUUUUCAAAAAAAAAAAAUAGUUUAAAAUUUUUAUUUUAGUUUUAGUUCAGCUAUAUUUUUAAUAAUUUUUUUUUUUUAAUAGAAUUUAAUUUUAUUCUCGCUAUAAAAAAGGAAAUUCAAAUUUAAAAAUUAGCCACAGCUCUACUCGCGUUGUUUAAUUAUUAAAAUACUCAAGACUGCUAUCCGCAAAAAAAAAAAAACGAUAGCUGUAAAAUGUAUACAAUUUUAAGGUGAAAUCAAUGUGUCAGCAGGUGUGGAAAAAAAAACCUCUAAAUUUCCUUUUUAUGAACGAAAAAGAUUUUCUUUUUUUUUAUGCUGCACAAAAAAAAACGACUGACCACAAGUAUAAAUAAAAAAAAAAAUGCAUUAUAGUCUCCUAGAAAGGCCACUUUCGUUUAUUAACAUAUCAUAUACGAUAGGAUGUGAGAUGUAUAUUAAUUAUUAAAAAAUCGAAAUCAAAAAAAAAAAAAUCCAAAAUUACUCUCAAAUAUAAAAAAUAUAUGACAAUCGUGAUUCUGUAUAAUUAUUAUCACACAAUGAUUGUUGAAAAUUGUUUGUUUUUUCUUGUGGCGCAGAAAAUGGCAGUCAAUAGUCUCCCACUGUUUAAGAAAUAAAAAAAAAAAAUGUAUAAUAAAUAUAUGUCAAAAGUA